AGUCGUUUUGACCUUCCCUCGUCUCAUCUUGCCCUUCGCCACUGCAUUGCAUCCACGUUUUCCAUUUCCUUUUUCUUUCUUUCUUUCUUUUUUUUUUUUUCAAAGAUUUCAAAGCAUUCAAGCGGUUUUCGUGCAUCGAAAAUUGUGAGAAAAAUGGAGGGUGGAGCUUCUUCAGGUGGUAGAUUCAAGCUCCAUGACCAGCUGGAAUUGCAGGAAUUUCAGGAAAUGUUUGUGAUUAAACCCGUUGAAUCACCCGAUCUGGGUUUCUCGAUAGACCGUCGUGACGGUAACUGCCGGCCACUUGAUGGUGAUACUUUAUCUGACAGUCCUUCCAAAGUAUCUACAAUUUAUGGUGUGGCUGGAACUAUUAGAUUGCUUUCAGGAACAUAUGUACUUGUAAUAACUUCUCGGAAGGAAGUCGGAACUUUUCUUGGUUCUCCAGUUUUUAGGGUUAUUUCCAUGAGGUUCCUACCCUGCAAUAUUGAAGCUCUGAAAUUUUCGACCACUCAAGAAAAAAGAGAUGAGGCUUACUUCAGAACUCUUUUGAAAACAGUGGAAUCGACUCCGGGCUUAUACUAUUCAUAUGAAAUGGAUAUAACUUUGAACUUACAAAGAAGAUACAAGUUAGCAGAAGGUUGGAUGAAUAAACCACUUUGGAAGCAGGCUGACCCUCGAUUUGUUUGGAACAGAAAUCUUUUGGAGGACCUUAUUGAGUCUAAGCUUGAUGGUUUUAUCAUUCCUCUAUUUCAAGGAAGCUUCCAGGCAAUACAGCUAAAGCUAAACAGUGCUCUUGCCACAGUCACAUUAAUUUCAAGGAGGUGUACUCGGCGUCUAGGGACAAGGAUGUGGAGAAGAGGAGCUAACCUUGAAGGAGAUACAGCAAAUUUUAUUGAGACUGAACAAUUGCUAGAGGUUGAUGGUUUCAGGUUCUCAUUAUUGCAGGUGCGAGGUUCAAUUCCACUUCUUUGGGAGCAGAUUGUUGAUCUCAGCUACAAACCGCGACUUAGAAUUAUAGAGCAUGAGCAAACGUCAAACAUUGUGGAGCGCCAUUUCCGUGAUCUUUUGCAAAGAUAUGGAGAAACGGUAGCAGUUGACCUAACUAAUAAACAGGGUGAUGAAGGUCAGUUAAGUGCAGCAUAUGCCGCUGAAAUGCAAAAGCUGCAGGUUGUGAGAUACGUGUCGUUUGACUUUCAUCACUAUUGUGGCAACUCAAACUUUGAUAAUCUGAAUGUGCUUUAUGAGCAAAUCUCAGAGGAUUUUGAAAAACAAGGAUUCUUCCUCGUAGACGCAGAAGGAAACAUACUGGAGGAGCAGAAAGGAGUUAUUAGAGUUAACUGCAUUGAUUGCCUUGAUCGAACAAAUGUCACCCAGACUUUUCUGGCUCAAAAAUCAAUGAGUGUACAGCUGCAGAGGAUUGGAUUACUCGCUUCUACAGAAUGCAUUUCUAUGUUUGCUGAAGAAUAUGGAAAAUUCAGAAGAUUAUGGGCCGAGCAAGGUGAUGAGAUAAGCCUUGGUUAUGCUGGGACUCAUGCCCUGAAAGGAGACCUGGUUAGAUAUGGGAAGCAGACUGUAGUCGGACUAAUCAAAGAUGGAAUGAGUGCCAUUUCAAGAUAUUAUUUGAAUAAUUUUCAUGAUGGAGUUCGGCAGGAUGCUUUGGAUCUUAUAAGUGGUCACUAUACUGUCAGUAGAAAUAAUCCUUCGCCGUUCCAAUUAAAUGGAUUCGAGGCAGUCUCUUAUCUCCCAGUGGCAUCAGCUUUGAUAAUUGGAGGUUUGACGCUGACAUCCUUCACACUUCACCAAGCUGGGCGAAAUGCACAGCAGUAUAUGUCUUCUGUAUUAUGGGCUGGAGUAACCGCUGGAGUUAUGGCAAUGGUGAAAGCUAAUGGAAGGCAGUUCUGUUCUAGGCCUCGAUUGUGUGGUCUUCUGUAAUGAAGCCUUACUUUGUCCAUUUUGUUUUAGGAAAAUUGUACAUAAUUUAUUCUUAUUUACUAGCUUGAUAUUGUUUUAAACCACGUAAUAUAGGAUCAACGAAUGUCGAAUAUUUUUCCCAUGAAAAA